AUGCUGAUGCAAAGGUUCUAUAAGGACCUCGGUCAAAUAAUGGAGGAACUGCAACUUAGGUCGAAAAAUGCGGUCUUCAACGAGUCAAGUGUGGAUGCAAAGGCUCUGAGGUACUAUAAUAGUUGCCUGAAGGCUCCCUCACAAACAUGGAAAAUGGAGCACCUACUAAAGUUAGCUCCUCCUGGCGAAGGACUCUCUUGGCCCAGUUUCACAAUACCCGGAACCGAAUGGCCAAAGGAUCGCUUUAAUUGGAUGGACACACUGGCCAUUUUGCACCGCUACGGCGUCACAGAUUUUUUAAUAAAACUGGAAGUCUCAACAAAUACGAUAUUCGGUAGAGAGCCUCAAUUGAAGCUAAGUAUUCCCAGCUUGGAGGAAGACUUAGACUCCAAGUUUUACAAAUCCAUACCUUAUACAAAGCUUCAAUUACUGGAAUCGCAAGUAAGAAACCUUAUAAAAUGGAAAGCUGACCCCAUGGAACCCUACCGAUAUAAGAGUGCACUAAGUAUUGAGUAUAUAACCGAUCUCGACUGGCAGAAGUUCAUCGAAUCCAUAGUUGGUCACCGCAUUUCACCUGAAUUCCCGCUGUUGGUCAACAACUUUAUCUACUUUGCGGCUUUGAAAAGACUGAUGGAUUCCACAGACCCCGAACUAUUGGCAAAUUAUUUUAUGUUCCGAUUUGUUAACCACUUGAAAAAAAACACUAUAAGUGGCGGAACUCCCGGAGACUGCCUGUGGAAAUUGAACCACCAAAUGGAGAUGGCCACGAAUCUGCUCUACAAGGAGCACUUCCAGGAUUCCGCGACGUUGCAGAAGAAUAUCCAGGAAGUUCAUCGUAUUUUUAACACAAUGCGUCGGCAGUUAAUUCUCCAAAUAAAUCGAAACCGAAUGGGACUGUCCUCCGAUCAAAAAGCAGCGGUAAUCGAAAAGGUUCAAGGUCUGGUUCUCAAUAUUGGCAAUAUACCAAGGGAUCUCGACCAUCGAAGCUUCGUUAAUGGAUACUAUGAGGAUAUAGAGAUUUCAUCGGAAGAUUUGGACUACGGACGAGUUCAACUUGAACUCCUGUGGUUUCGCAAUCGAAAGCUUUUUGAUGAAGUGCUGGAACCAUCAAACACGAAUCUCAAAAUAAAUAGGCGUUUUCGAGGUCCGACUAGUGCAUACUAUAUACAUGCCAAGAACUUCAUCGUAAUACCAUUUGCCCUCCUUCAGGAACCCUUCUUUAAUGCGGAGAGCUACGAUGUUUUCAAGUACAGUUUGAUGGGAUAUGUUCUUGGCCAUGAGUUAAUGCACUCCAUUGGCACACAUGGUAUCUACCGUGAUAUCCACGGAAAAUAUCUGAAAAUAGGCGAUGAUAUAUUGUCUUUGCCGCAAUUUAAGGAGGGCUUAAGUUGCAUGAACCGCGAUAAGACGGAAUAUCUUGAAGAGCGAUUGGCGGAUAUCGAAGGAGCUAAACUGGCCUACGCGACUUACUCCUCUAGAAAUACAAAAAACCUGGACAAAUUAUUUUUUCGUAACAUGGCCCAAUUCUUUUGCGAAGGUGGCCACUCCAAAAAUCCUGCUAUUUCACACGACGAACGUCCCGUCCGUUUACGGCACAUUUUGAAGAAUCUGGAUGCAUUUAGUAAGGCUUUUAAAUGUCCUUCGCAGCACAAAAAAUGUAAUCUGUGGUGA